AUGUAUAUGCUGAGCCUGUGGGUUAUCGGGCCCGCCAGGGUCACGUGGGAGGUGGCGGCGGUGGCGGUAGCGCUUAGUGCCUUUGUGGUAGCGUUGCCGGAGUCGACGCCCUUGCUAUGCAAGAGGAUUGCGUUUGGGCAGAUUGUGAGUGUUGUGCAUGGGACGCAAACUGGGGCUUUCAUGCACCCAAUUCACGUGGCUGCGAGUACUGCAGUUGGUGCCUUGGCUUCUCCCUUGUUGUUUCCAUUUGUGAGGAAAGGUUGCAGAUUUUAUGCUGAAAAUGCUUCAAAGAGCCGAGUAGAGGCCAUAUCUGCCCAAGACAACACAACUGCUCGUGAAUUACUUUCUCAAGAAAAAUGUAUUUCUAAAGAAGGCGCCAAACUUCUUAAAAGUGUCAAAGAAAAUCUGGGAGGCAUGGCAUGGGAAAGACCGCAAGUAAAACUCAAUUGGAAGGAGUUGGGAGAAAAACAGCAAGUUACGGAAAUGCCCAUGAAGGGGAUGGAAAUAGCCUUGUCAUUUUCGUCUACGUAUCCUAUUAGCAUUAUUGAUGAGAAGUUCAAACAAGUUCUAGAAAUUUCCAAAGUACAAAUAGGCCUAAAACUAGAGCAUGCAAAGUGCUUUGUGCCUUUGGAUACAACUACAGCUCCUGAGGGGAAACGGGAAACUUCUGAGGAAAACCUUUGGACCCCCCAAACUUCCUCCAUUGUACCUGAAAAUCUCCCUGGUCUUUUCCUCUUAUAUUGCAUGGAAUUCCUUCAGGAUGAUCCCCCAAUAAUAUCAAACUUCGAUAAGAGUCCAAAACUCAACAGCAAAGGAUCAAAAGAGAAGCUGAAUAGCUUCGAAAGGGCCUUCUCAUUGGAUCUUGCUGUGUUAUUCGGGCUGAUCUAUAACAAAGAAAAUGGACAGGACGGACCGACAAUUGCAAUCAGUUUUGUGUCGGGACGGCAGGCCACCUUCGCAGUUGCAAAUGCUCGGGCACAAGGAACAUCAAUGGGGUCCUCGAUCUAUGGAAUUUUGUGUUUCUUCCUUUUCCAAAGGCUUUCACAUCUGAGGCUCUUAACUUUUACUGCCUUGGAUCAUCAUCACCAGUUUUCUAAUCCAAGCAGGACUUAUGGUCAAGCUGGUGCAUUUUCUGCGGUUAUUGGGGCAUUACUAAUCGUGGGUAGGAGAGAUUAUGGUUCUCCAACCGAGUUUGCAAUUGCUAGAAUCAUAGAGGCAACAAUUGGAUUAAUAUGCUUUGUCCUAGUAGAGCUCCUUCUUAAUCCUGCAAGAGCAGCAACUCUUGCAAAGACUGAACUUUCACAGUGCAUUGGAGUGCUCCGAGAUUGUGUUGAAAAUGUAAGUCUUUUUCCUACACAGAAAAAUGUUCCCGCUUCUAGAGUAUUGAGAGAAAAGCAUCUUCAGCUAAAAUGCCACGUUGAUGAUCUAGAAAAGUUCAUAGAAGAAGCUGAAAUGGAGCCAAAUUUCUGGUUCUUGCCGUUUGACAGUGUUUGCUACCAUAAGCUACUAGGGUCAUUCUCAACAUUGAUGAAUCUUUUGCUCUUUGUUGCCUAUGAAAUAGAAUUUGUUUUUGUUUUUGAAGCAUCGCAGGAGCAAGGAGGUGAUCUGGAGGAGGUCCUGAAACAAGUGAAUGAGGAUCUAGAAUUUUUCAAAAUGAGAGUUGAGUCUAUGUUGUUGAGAUGCAUUGAAAAAGCCACUUCGAUCACGACUCUCCAAGUGUCGCCAACAGAAGACUUCUCACAUGGCAUUGAAUUGGGAAGAUUGGCACAUGAAAAUGUAUCAAAGCAUUUGGGUUCAAAUGAUAAGGAAGUAGAUGCCAUUCUAAGUUGUUUCCUACGACAUCUGGUGGAAGUUGUUGAGAAGGAAUACACUUGCGAAGGUACAGAGAAGUUUAAGAGGCAAUUGGCUCUUUCCUUAACUGGCCUUGGGUUUGGCACCCAUAGUUUGGCAAGGGAAGCUAAUGAGAUUGAUAAAAAAGUAAAAGAACUAGCUAAAUUGGAAAAUCCUUCCAACAAUAAAAAUUUGCACAAAAUUUCCUGUAAAAAGUAA